AUGGUGACCACGGCAAGGGUUCGACAUUUCCUCUUCGCACCAACUUCGAGACGAUGGAUCUCAGGUUGUUAUAGAACCACGAUUGCAACCAAGGACCAGUUCGGUCCAAGGACGGUAGUGCCGCUAGUGCGGCGAUACCAUGCGACAGUGUGGCCAUCUUACGGCAUCACCACGCCCGUCCCCGACCACCAGAGCCCCAGCUUCGCUUUCUCGCCCUUUCGCUUCGAGACAGGCUACGCUGUUUGUGCCAAACGCCCACCGCGCCCGUUUCCUCCACCCUUUCUCUCCCCGCCAUCCUCUUCUUUUUCCGACCCUCUCACCACACACUCCCUGAACAAAGAUAAGAGAUUAUCCGUAGAAGGAGAGCUGAUUCGCGGCCUGAGCAAUGGAGAUGAUGCGAUUAUAGCAUCAGAGUACCUACUCGGCGUUGACGAUGGUGUAGGAGCCUGGGCUACGAGGCCUCGUGGCCAUGCAGGUCUGUGGUCGCGCCUUUUAUUACAUUUUUGGGCCCUCGAAGUCGAACGUCGAGUCUCUGCAACAACUUCGAUUCCCGAUCCUGUUGAAUGCCUCCAGCUUGCCUACGAACAAACGACUCGUGCAACCACCAGUCCUGGCGAAUGGUUCGGAACUACCACAUCGGCCACCGCUCUCUUACACUGGACAUCCGAGCUGGAUGGUACCAAAUCACCCCUGCUAUACGUGACGAACCUGGGCGAUUGCAAGAUUCUCGUGAUUCGGCCUAGUAAGAAAGAAGUUCUUUUCCGGACUUCUGAGCAAUGGCAUUGGUUUGACUGUCCGAUGCAGCUGGGGACAAAUAGCAAUGACACACCUUGUAAAGAUGCAGUGCUGUCUAGGGUCUCUUUGAAAGAAGACGAUAUUGUGUUGGCUGUUUCGGACGGUGUCACCGAUAACCUGUGGGAACAUGAGAUAUUGCAGCUCGUUCUGGAUAGCCUUCAGAAAUGGGACCAGGGUCACUCUGAUAUCAAAACUCUUGACAUUCCUCCUGAUAUGUCGAAUGAUCGCAUGGUUUAUGUAGCUAGGGAGCUGCUCAAUGCAGCUUUGAUUAUCGCUCGUGAUCCAUACGCUGAAAGUCCGUAUAUGGAGAAGGCAGUGGACGAAGGACUUGCGAUUGAAGGAGGGAAAAUGGACGACAUAUCUGUCGUAAUUGCUUUGUGCAAAAAACGAGGUGUAUGA